ACAUGUCUUCCUUCGCAUCGUAACGCAAGACGUACAGCUUCACUGAGUGUCGACACGGGGAAGGAUACUAGCUAAACUGGAGGUGGGAUAACUGAGAGUUAUAUGGAUGAGUUGCAAGGUUUGCUCAGGCGACAUCCACUAGCCACCUUGAUAUUGGCAACCUCCAGCAUCACAAUGUUCACCACAGUCACUACUAACUGUGUCACUAUACACUCCUCGCACCAUUAUGUGCUCCUAGAACGAACACUUAGCGGGGUCGACGGUGCUAUAGUGCCAACGUUGACAGUAGCAGCAAAAGUGCGUGAAGAUAUUUGUAUGGGUGAAAUAUAAAUAUAUAUUUUUUUUUAUCUGGUGGCUCUGGAGUGACACACAGAGCCACCUGAAGCAGUGACAGUGCCGUGGUAACUGGGUCAUCCAAGCAUCGUUACAACCUGGUAACAACACCAAGUGGUUAGAUGUCAUAACAUCACGAAAAAAAAAACAUUAUUACAGGAAUGACAAAUAGAAAAAAAAAUCCAUGGAUAUUAAAGUACGAUGAGCUCAGUGUGACUGGCGACACCAAAGAGACCUCGAUAUGAGCAGGGACUAACCUAGCCAAGUUGAUACCACAGACCUUCACUAGGACACAACAUACUGUGUUAACUGAUUCAUCCCGCUGGGGGGGAAAAAAAAAAACGAGGAGUAACUUCCGUGAAAGUCAGUGCAUAAGUACUCUCCAUCAGGGUGGUCGCGUCCUCGUGAUGGAUGUAGUGGAGAAUACUCUGGUUACCACCUCGCAUAUCGCAGAUCGGUCCCUGUUAUAAGAGGAGGAAGCCAGGUUCUGAAAGAAUCUUGGAAUGGGGUCCAUGAACUACCCAUCAACAAUGCAAGCACUGUUUGCACUGAUUGUUAUGAUCAUUGUCUUACUCUUCAUCCUGGUGUAUUGUUGCUGGGGAACUUUCUCCUGUACUCGUCAAGAAGACACUUCUGCGGCAGCUGAAGAUGGAACACCUGUUACACAACAUCAAGGGCAACAGGUUUUGAGAGGCACUCAUAUGGUCAUAGUACCUAUUAAUAACAUGAUUUAUGUGGGUGACCCAGAGACCCGUCGCAUUUAUCAGAUUCCUAUUGAUCGUGACAAACCACCUGCUUAUACAGAAGCAGUCAGCAGUGGGCCUCCUCCUCCUUAUGUAUCAGACAAUUCCACUUCUGAUAAUACAGUGCAAAACCUCUCUCAGGCUGUGCCUGAGACAAGAACUGUGCUUCCAGAUCUCCCUCCAUCUUACGAUGAUUGCUUAUCCUCCUCAUUUUCAAAUGAAGUAUGGCAUACAGUCGUGAAUAAUCAUGUGUCUGCUUCAGAAUCUUGGCAAGUUCAACCAAAUGGACAAUUUGGGAGUGACACAGGUGGCCAACAGCCCCCUGAGCUUGCAUCUAACAGUAUGACAAUUGAUGGUCUGGACCAAAGAGUAACAGAGGCUCCAGGUGGAAGGCUAGAAAGUGUGAUUCUUCUUCCAUCUAAUUUAAGGACAGUACUUAACCCUCAUCUUUCUCCUGAGAAUGGGACAGAUACUGAUUGUGAUAAAUCUUUAAAUGUGCAAUCCACUUGAGAUAACAAUUUAGGCAUGUCAUAGAGUUUGCUCCCCUCAUCACAUGUGGAUUUUGAUUUGCCCUCAGUGGUUACUACUUAAAAUAUUAAAAUAUGUACUGUAUAUGAAAACAUUAAGAGGCAGUGAUAUAAUGAAAGUCUGCACAUAUAUACACGUGCUCGUAUGCAUACACACACACACACACACACACACACAAACUAGAGAAAGCGCAAAAGUAUGCAACAAGGCUCAUUCCUGAGCUAAGGGGCAUGAACUAUGUGGAGAGGCUAAUGUAAUUAAACCUGACAACACUGAAGAACAGAAGAAUCGGGGAGGGGUGAGGGCAACAUAAAAACAAACUGCUCAGGAGAAUUGAUAAGGCAGACAAGGUUAGGCUAUUUGAGAGGUGAAAGUUAAGACACAUGCGCAACAUCUGGAUGUCUUUAUUGCAGACGUUUCGCCAUCCAGUGGCUUUAUCAAUACAGAUUCUAGGACAUAAUUAGAAGACAGUAGAACUAUAUACAAAAGAUGAGGUAAUCAGUCCCUCAGCCUUGGAGUUAGUGUUCACAGCAUCGUGGUGGUAGAGAAUCUGGAGCAAAGGCAAGAAGACCAGUGGUUAUAUAGGCAUCAGUGGAUAGGUACGUGUAGCAGAUGAGGGCAUAUUCACUGGUAGGCGAGAUUCCCCAGUGGAAGUAGGUCCUACCCAAAGGGAUGGGUUAGUUGUACGUAGUAGCUGUGAAGAAGGUCUUGUAGAUGUUCUCUGAACCAAGAUUCCAUGAUGUUGCAGUGCCUGACAAGUUGUUCAAGAACUAUUUGAGAGGUGAAAAAUGGGAACUUGGGGACACUGCUGGAAGUUGAAGUCACAGAUGAGCCACAGGGAUCUUGGGAAAUAUUUUUUUCAGUCUCAAGAGUGGUCACGAAGUGGAAUGAUCUUGGUGGGGAAAUGGUGGAGGCAGGCUCCACACAUCCAGUAGUUCAACGGAUAGGUAUGACAGGGCCCAUGAAGCUCAAAGGGAUUGAAUUUGAAGAGUGGCAAGUUAAGAGGCAGGGACAGGAUCUGAGUGUACACACAUACAUACAUACGUAUGCAUGCACACAUGUACACAGUCACACGCACACAAAGUCACACACACACAAAGUCACAUACAUACAAAGUCACAAACGCACACAUAUAUAGUCACAAACACAAAUAUACAGUUAUGUACUAUGCUUGUAAAAUAGGCAGAAAACAUUUUCCCCUAAAUUUUUCCAGGUCUUAGAACAAAGCAGAACAGUAUCUAUCUAGUCAGAGGACAAUGGCACAUUUCACCAUCUAUUUUUCCAGGUCUUAGAACAAAGCAGAACAGUAUCUAUCUAGUCAGAGGACAAUGGCACAUUUCACCAUCUAACUGUAUUUGAUACAGUACAAAAUUGUCUAUAAAAUAUAUACAGUAUACUGUACUGUACGUAAAAAUUUAAAUUGUUAGCUUUAAUCUACAAUAAUAAUGUGAUAAUUAGUUUCUAUUCAAUGUAUUUAUUAAUCCUUUACUACACUACAAAAAAUUAUACAUUACACUUAGGCACACAAGACAUUUUUUAUUUUUUUUUAGUACAGUACUGCAUGUUAUUUUGAGUUUUAACCAGAUAAAUGUGAAAACAGAAUUGCAACUAAUAAGUGAUAAAUUUGUUUUACAAACCACGUUUAAAGUAUAUCCUAUAGUAUACAGUAUUCUAUGAAUCCCACACUUAUAUUUAUUUUUACUGUUACCAUAAUAAUGAUAAACCAAAGUUAAUUUUUUUACAUCUCAUAUAUAAUACUAUAUAAGUAUACAUUUACAGUAGCUGUACCAUUAUACAGUAACUUUAAUUACCAACUUCCUAUGUUCAUAACAUUAUUGCAAACUGACAAAAAUGUGCUGCAAUGGAUGUAUUCUAUAUGUUGAAAAAAGUUUAAAACAAAAAAUUAAACAUUACUACUGUACUGGUGUGCAAAAUCUUCACCAUGUAAUGUUAUGUACAUUUCUGGUAAAAUAUAAUUAGAAAAUGGCCACAAUGUCUGCAGUGAUAAAUUAUUGGAUUUUAGUUUUAAUGUAUGGAUUUAAAUGUAGCAGUAUACUGUAUAUACUGAUCACAUCUGUAUUACACAUACAGGGUAUGCAUCAUUAAUUAGUGCAGUUUAAAAGUAACAUUAAAUAAAGACAAAUUCACCUGAUACUUAUUCCUAUGUAAAUUUCUGCAAUGUACUUUAAUAAUGUCAAAGUCAAGUAUUUCUGACUUAUUACAUGAUAUACUGAAAUACUUAUAUCUAAGCCAAGACACUUGAAAAAUCUCAUAAAAUCAAAUGUAGGGAUACGAUGUGAAUUUUUGAUCACUGAACUAGUGACCGAACUAAGUGUUCAUGUAGAACACUUGAGCAUUUUCACAUUUUAUGACUUAGUGAACCACUGAAAACUGGAGUUCAAGGACAUGUGUACAGCAGUGAAGAAGACAAUAACUAAAUUUGUGUGAUGUGAAUGCAAUUCCAGUUCUACUGGUUGAUCAAGCCCUGAUCCACAGGGAGAUCUGGUCAAGGACAGGGCCAUAGGGGCACUGACCCCCAGAACACCAUCCAGUUAAACCCUCCAAGUACACUCAUUAAUAAAAGAAUAUGCACAAAUGUGUACACCCAAUACUGUAUUAUUAUUAUAUUUAAAGGGAAAGUGCUAAAACCACAGGGGUCAUACAAGGCCUGGGGAAUGGGAGGCAAUAACACCUUGGAUUUCAAUAUAUACUAUAGGCUAUGUAUAUUAAGAAGUCAUCAGUGUUACAAUAGUUUAGAAAAAAUACUCAGUUGUGUACACAGUACAGUGCUAGUAAUAUGAAUGUUUAAAAUAAUUAAAACGGUCUGAUGACUUAGCAUGAAGUGACUGGAACCUUAACAUUAAUGAUAUUGGUACCUUUAUGUAUAUAUAAAGCUGUUGUAAGCUUUAGAAUACAUGUACUUCAAUGAAGACAUGGAAAAAUUAAAUCUGAGAGGCAUAAAUGCUUCCUCAGUCUUAUAAAGUUCCUGGGAUGACUUACUUCCUCAGUCUUAUAAAGUUCCUGGAAUGACUUAUUUAAGUAAUUUUACAAGCAACAAUGGAUUCAAUGUGCUCUUACUAACAUUGCUACAGCAAUGCAAUACUGCUCCACUAGAAGCUUCACAGGUGCAGCACUGCUACACUAGAAGUGUCAGUUACAUCACUGCUACACUAGAAGCUUCACAGUUGCAUCACUGAUACACUAGAAGCUUCACAGUUGCAUCA